GCUGUAGACGUCGCUCACACCAACCGUAGGUUGGAAACGGUGUAUUUCUAUCCCUUCAGUUCUCCUUGCGUGCUGCCUGCCUUUUCUAGUUGCCUGUCUCUGGGACCUCUACAAAGACAUCAGGGUGCAAGCUGUAUAGCUCCCACACUUUUCCCACUGCCAUGGCUUCCUGGAAGGCCUGGACAAUGGGCCUCCUUCUGGUCCUGCUCUGCUCAUUCCAGCUCCCCAGGGCACAGGGACAGGAGCAGCAACACCAUCAUGACCACCAACAUCACCAUGGUGAUGUAGAACACCAUGGCCACAAGGAUGAACAUCAUCAUAAGGAACACCACCAUGAUGGGCAUCAUGUUCAGCACGAUGAUGAUGAUGACGACGACGAUGACCAUUACCACCAUGCCCCUCACCUUCAUGAAGCAGGACAUCACCAAGGUGGCCACCAUCCUCACAAUGAUGAUGAUGAUGAUGAUGAAGAGGAACACCAUCAUCACCACAAUGAACUACACCAUGGUGACCAUCAUCAUCAUCACCACAGUGGACACCAUGACGAUGAUGAUGACGACAAUGAUGAUGAUGACGCUGACCUUGGCAAGCACCAUCAUCAUGGUGAACAUCAUGGCAGCCAUCACCACCACAAUGAUGAUGAUGAUGAUGAUGACGACGACGACGAUGAUGAUGAACAUCACCACCACCAUCAUGGACAUCAUGGUGACCACCACCAUCACCAUGAUGAUGAUGAUGAUGAUGAUGAUGAUGACGACGAUCACCACCAUCAUCAUGAACAUCAUGGUGACCACCAUCAUCACCACCACCAUGAUGAUGAUGAUGAUGAUGAUGACGACGAUGACGAUCACCACCAUCAUCAUGAACAUCAUGGUGACCACCAUCAUCACCAUCACCACAAUGAUGAUGAUGAUGACGAUGAUGAUGACAAACACCACCAUCAUCAUGAGCAUCAUGGUGAUCACCACCACGAUGAUGACGAUGAAGAUGAUGAUGAUGAUGACAGUGCUGAAGAUAAACACCGCCAUCAUGAACACCACAGUCACCACCAUCACCAAAAGGACGAUGACGAUGAUGAUGAUGAUGAUGACGACAGUGCUGAAGAUAAACACCACCAUCAUGAACACCACAGUCACCACCAUCACCAAAAGGAUGAUGAUGAUGACGACGACAAUGACAGUGAUGAAGAAGAGCACAUCAGUCAUCACCAUCAUCACCAUGAUGAAGAUAAUGAUGACGAUGAGGAGGACAAGGAAAAGACCCAUAGGCACCAUCAUCAUGGCAGCCAUCGUCAUCAUGAAGAAGAUGAGGAGGAGGAUAAGGAUCACCAUCAUCAUCACCAUCAUCAUGGUGAUGAAGAAGAAGAGUCUGAUGAAAUUGCUUCUAAGGAAGAAGAUGAACAUGAACAUGAAAGACACAAACAAAAGCACCACAAGCACGAAGGCCAUAAAAAAGUCAAGAAACAUCAUGAAGGAGAAGAAGAGGAUGACGAUGAGGAUGAAGACGAUGAGGACGAAGACGAGGAGUAUGAGACAGGCUCUCUUUGCCACUACUGUGCCUUCUGCAAGCAUUGUGAUGAGUGUGACAAGUGCCCCUGUAAAGAAGGAGACAGCAGCGAUUACUGCACAAGCUGUCAGUACUGCCAUUUCUGUUACAUGUGUCCUGUUUGUGAGACAGCCUGUACACCAGGAAGCAUCGUAGAUGAAUUAUCAGGAGCAUUAUUUCAGACAUUUGCAACCAUCUUUGAGCAGCAGGAGCAUUGAAGCACUCCCAGGGGGAGAGGCCAAAACUAGGAGGGGGGGAGCAGGUGACAACGUUUAGGGCCUAAUUAUGUGUGAUGGGUAAUUUGAUGGUUCUUCCUCCCAACAUUUCCCCCCCUUUCCUUCUCCUCUUACAAAUUCUUCACCCACCCACCCAAUUUGUUUUUCUCCCCUUGCAGUGGUGUUGGUAGAGAUCCAGCGCUCCCAUCUCUUUCCCCAAAAUGGGUGGGGCAAGGGGAAGUUGAUUUUGAUUGGACAAAUGGCAAGAAGGGAAAGGAUUAAAUUAGCCCAUAUUUCCUCCCUUACCUUAGCACCCAGUUGCAGACUCACGCAAUUGUUUUUCACUUUUAAAAAAUCCAUUCAGAGGAAAAAUCACAUAUCUGUCAGUCUUCUAUAGUUCAGCCCUUGUAGUUAGCAGGGAGGCCAUGCUACACAAGCCAGGGCCUGUUGGAUGAGGAAGGAGAUCAGCAUUUUCCUGAGCUAAUACACCUUGGGGCAAAGGAUACCUCAUGCCGCUUCAUUCCAGGUUUCCCCAGCUUUUGAAUCAUUGAGAACUUAGAUCACAUUUCCGCCUCAUAGUAAUAGUUUUCCCACACCUUAGGUCAGACUUUCCUAACUUCGGGUCUCUGGAUAUCGUUAGCCUAUAGCUCCCAUCAUCCCUGAUCAUGGACCAUGCUGGCUAGGGAUGAUGGGAGCUGUAGUGCAAUAACAUCUGGGGAUCAAGGUUGGGAAAGUCUAAGGGCCAAUCCUAUAAUUGAUUUUGCAUCUCUUGAUGAAUUGCAGAACUGACUUUUAUUGAAAAAAAUGUUGUGUUUGACCCUAUGAAAGCUUGAGCCAUAGCGUUCGAUCUGUGAUGACUCAUUCAUACAUGGGAGUUGUUGCUUGAUAACCACUGUCAUCAAGAGAUGGGCAUCCCUGUGUGAAUAAGCUGGUAAAAUGCACUACAAAUGUAAAACUGUUUCAACACCAGCCUGACUGCUGUCAUUUCCCCCAAGGAAUUCUGGGCAUUGUGGUUUUUCUGAAGAUGUCAAAAAUUGCUGUGCCCUCAUAGAACAAUUACCACCACAAUCCCUUUCUGAUAAGCCACCCCAGCAAAAUUGGCAACGGUGUUUCCAGAUGGAGAGCUCCUAGCUCUACAAAUCAAAAGACAUUGCUAUUCCAUUUCCCCCUCC